UUUAGUGCCCGGCCAGGAGUAUGGACAAUUGGGAAUUCUAUCAGUGAAGAAGGAAGUGAAAGAUAUUUUCAAAAUAAAAGAAUUCAAGAAAAACGAAUUGAAAAAAUGGAAAAACUUUGUAAAGAUUACAAUUUUUAUAAUAAAAUAUACAUUUUUGAAGAAUAUAAUAGACCUCCACCUUUGCCUGAAUUAUUUAAAAAUAUUAAAAUUCAUUUUUUAAAUCAAAAUAUUAAUGGGAAAUUUAGUGAAUAUCCUCAAUUUGAUAAUUUUAUUUUUAUUGGAGGCAUUCAUGUUGAAGAAAGGGGGAUUUUGACACAAGACAAAUUGGAGAUAAAUGAUGGGGUAAAAUUUAAUUUAUCUUGGAAUUCACGAUGCUGAAAGAUAUUCUCCCUAAUAUACUCUUAAUAAAUAAUUUAGUUUGGAUUUUGGACGCAAAAAGUUUCCUUUUAUGCAAAGUGUAAUAAAGAAGUUGUGACGAGUAAUUGAUCAAAUACCCCUAGGCUCUGCUUCAUGAUAAUACGAUCACUUGUUUUUGAGUUUCCAACACAGAUUUUUUUCAACACAUUUUUCAGCAUUUCCAACACAUCCACUACUAAGAUUUC